GGGGAAAUACGACAGAUUACCCGCGAGUGCCCAAGUACCGUAUAGAGAGGUACGGAUCUUGGUCCAGGUCCAGUCCCAACUUCGAAGCUCCGACCACAGAGGCUUCAGCUUGGUUUUCUUCCAAUCCUUCUGUUUCCGAUCGGAAGCUGAAUCGCCGGAUUUUGAUUGAUGGAAAAUCAACCUUCGACUUAUUGAAACUGAUGGGCAGCUUAUCGACUUCUGUUUUGUCGUCCGCAUGGCCGAAAGCUAAAUAUCUGUUUGGCUGAAUUUUGUUCCUGUGUUUUUGCAUCUUCUGCUGAAGACUUAUACCCUAACGCAUGGCUUUGCUUGAUGUCACAAGGUCAUGCCUUGAUUCCAUUAGUCAGAUAUCAGAUCACCUUGAGGGUUCCGUACUAUAUCUUGAUGCUGGGUGUGUGGAGAGUUUCCAGAUUCUUGGGGGAUUCCCGUUAUUACUUGACCUUGGUGUCCAUGUUGUCUGUAGCUUGGAAAAUAUGACUUCUCUUGAUGCUGUGAUUGAUUGGAACCCAGCUUCUGCGAAGAAACUUGUGGUGAUUACAUCCCGUCUCCUGAGUGAUGCACAUCGUUAUAUUUUACGCUGCCUGACUACACAUCAAGGUGUUCGCCAUUGUAGAAUAUUUACAUCUAUCUCAGAGAUUGCUCACUCUGCAUAUCCUGAUUCACCUUUGGGACCAGAUGCAUUCCAUGAGUAUGAAUCUUUACUCGUCCAAGAUUAUGAGGAACUUGUUAAGAAAGGUGGAAAAAAAGCUGUGCCUUCGGAGGACAGAAACUUGGAAAAAUAUAUAUCCUCAGAAGAUGAAGGAUGGUCGAGACUCACUUCAAGUGAAGAGGACAUCACUCAACUAGAAGCUAGUCCAAGUGGAAGAGAUUCAUAUGAAGACAUUCUGACGAGUCACCGAGAAGAUGUAGGGCAAAAGCUCGUUGUUUCUGUGCAUCACUUCCCAAUGAUUUUGUGUCCAUUUUCGCCAAGAGUUUUUGUCUUGCCUUCAGAGGGAUUAAUUGCUGAAGCAUGCUUAUCAGCAGAAAGUGUGGAUUCCCUUAGUCCUGGUUUGCCUCCCCUAUAUAUUGGGAUGCCUCCUGAUGGUGAUGAUAUUCCCCCCGGGGCAACUCUUACUGCGCAUUUUCUUUACCAUUUUGCUGCCAAGAUGGACUUGAAGAUGGAAAUAUUUUCCAUUGGUGAUCUGUCAAAAACUGUUGGAAAGAUUUUGACGGAUAUGUCUAGUCUUUAUGAUGUAGGCCGACGCAAGAAAUCAGCUGGUCUCCUGCUAGUUGACCGCACACUUGAUCUUCUUACUCCCUGUUGUCAUGGAGACUCACUUGUAGACCGCAUGUUUUUGUCAUUGCCCCGCAGAAAAAGAACUUCACCUGUUUCCCAUGUCAAAGGUCCAGAAACUUCCCUUAGACACGGUCCACGUAUCUGUAGACGAGCACCUCUUGAUGUUCGGAUACCACUUGCAGAAAUUCUUACUGAAGAUGGAGGUAAAGCUGAUAAAUUUCGGCUUGGUGAAAGGAUUGAAGUUUUUCUGUCUGGUUGGAAUUCUGGAAGCUCAACUCCUCAGAAUUUUGAUAAGGGUGGUGAAAGCAACAGAGAUCAAAAUCUACAAUCGCCAAUUUAUGACCCUGAACUACUUAGUGGCUGUUUUGUCUCCUCCGAGAAUUUUCGAGGAACUUCAUACUUGGAAGCGAUACUAGAUAGGAAAACAAAGGAUGGAACUGUGCUGAUAAAGAAGUGGCUACAAGAAACUAUGCGCAAAGAAAGCGUUGUUGUGAAUGGGAAAAUUCGUCCUGGGUUUCCUACCAAAUUGGAAUUGGAAUCUAUGAUUAAGGCACUGUCUAAAAGCCAGACUUGUUUGUUGAGAAAUAAAGGAGUUCUUCAGCUAGCAGCUGCCGCAACAGUUGCAAUCGAGGAAUUAAACAGCACACGGUGGGAUGCUUUUCUUAGUGCCGAAAAAAUAUUGCGUGCAAGUGCUGAAGAUACUAGUCAGGGGCUGGCUGCACAAAUUGUUGAUCUUAUAAACAAAAGUGUCUUGGCGGUUAAAUCGGAUUCUUCAAAGGGAAUUCUUUCAUUUCAAGAUGCUUUGCUUCUUACAAUUACUGGUUAUAUAUUGGCUGGAGAGAAUUUCCCGACGUCUGGGUCUGAUGGUCCGUUCUCUUGGCAAGAGGAGCAUUUCAUGAAAGAAGCUAUUACUGAUGCAAUUUUAGAAAACCCAGUGGAUGGAAAAUUGAAUUUUCUCCAUGGUUUAAUAGAAGAGCUUCAAACGAACCGAGAUAGGAUCAAAUUGAAGGGAACAAAAGUGAUGGGAUCGAUGGAAAUAAAAGAUGAUGACUUUGAUGAUCAGUGGGAGAGCUGGGGUGAUGAAGAUGCUGAUAUUAACACUACUAGUGAGGAAGUAUACGAUGAUAUGCAGCUCAAGUUAGAGUUGCGCGAUCGGGUGGAUAAUCUUUUCAAGACACUUCACAAGUUGUCCGGUACAAAGAAGAGAAAUUUACUUUUGAAGGAGACAUUAAAUUCAGAAAAUAUCCUCAAUGGAGAUCAGUAUGCAAAUAAAGGAGUACUUUAUAAACUUCUGGCUAGGAUCUUAAACAAGCAUGAUUUACCUAAUUUGGAAUACCAUUCCUCCACGAUGGGGAGACUUUUCAAAAGUGGGUUUGGAAGAUUUGGUCUUGGACAAGCAAAACCCACCCUUGCUGAUCAAAACGUCAUUCUGGUUUUUGUUAUUGGCGGCAUUAAUGGUCUUGAGGUUCGUGAAGCUCAGGAGGCAUUAUCUGAGAGUGGAAGACCAGAUAUAGAACUGAUUGUUGGUGGAACAACCUUCCUCACUCCUGAUGAUAUGUUUGAUUUGUUGCUUGGGGACUCGGCCUACGUUUGAUUCCUUUGAAUUUUGAGGCUUUCUCAUUUCUCAUUACUUAGGGUCAUUUUUUCCCCACAGAUAAUUACUCUCUCUUUUACCCAACAGUUGUACACUUAUUUUUUAGCCUUUGGUAUCUCUAUUUACAACGUUCGAAUUACACAUAUGAACUAAAGAAUUCGAACUUAAUUAUUGUGUUAUUAAAUAUUUAAGUUUUCAUUUCAAUAGGCAGUUCUUUUAGUGCGAUUCUCUCA